AUGUAUUAUGUUGCGGCGGGAUAUGAAUUAUUUCCUCUAAUCCCGCCAAUUUCAAGAGCCUUCUCCUAUAAAAGCACCUUUUUCAAAUUUCAUUUCCAAAGUUCAAAGUUCAAACCUGCGCAAAAUUCUAACCCUGAUCCAACCACACUCUUGAUUGGCGAUGUUGGAACUCCGUGUCGUGCGUCAACAACGCCAACUUCGAUUAUUCCUCCACCGGCUUCCCCUUUCAGGCCAUGGACUCCAGCCACGUGGCGAUCCCCAUGGGCAAAGAUGCUCAAGUGCGCUGACAACAAUCAUAUCAUCACUAUUAAAGUUGACGGCAGCGGGGAUACCGUCCUUUUAUGUUUGAAAGCCCUUUCUAAGGAAGCUACUGUGAUUGAGAUAAAUGAGCCUGUGUCCUUGACGUUUGCACUGUGAUACAUGAACUCUUUCACCAAGGCAACACCAUUGUCUAAUACAGUUACGAUUAGUCUGUCAAAUGAGUUGCUGGUAAUGGUUGAGUAAAAAAUUGUUGAGACGGGUUAUGUUCGUUUCUAUUUGGCUCCAAGGAUAGAAGAUGAUGAAGAAGACACAAAACCUCAAGUUUAAUCUGUUUUUGAAUGGAUCAAGAUGUUAGGAUUUCAAGGCGGUUGUACAGUUAGGAUGCUGUUAUACUUCACAACCUGUUUUUCUUCGAUUUUAUUGUUAAAUUAGUGCAGUGUGAAAUAAUUGGUGUACAUUUUUUCAUGUGUUUUUAUUUUUCUGCACUGUAACAACUUCAUA